AUGGCUGAUCUCGACGUCGGAGGGAUCUACCUUCGUAUUUAUUCCGGGGACAAACGCUACGAAGUCGUCUUUCAGGAUUACCAAAGGGGACAAUGCUACCGUGCAGAAGCUGAAUUCGGUCCCUUCGACACCGUUUAUUGGCAUCAUGGGGGAAGCAUCAACGACGGCGCGACACACGGUGUCUGGAUCUUCCUCAAGGUCGCUCAUAUCCCUUCAUCCCUCGUCUCCGGCUUUCAACAAUGUCAUCGAGAUUUCGCCACCCUUCUGAGAAAUAACAGUGAAGCUAGGUCGACCUACACGGACCUCUCUAGUACCAUGAUCGGCUUCCUCGAUUUUCUCCAACAACGAGGGUUCCUCGCUGGGUCUGGUUUACAGCUCACCAAAGAAGCAUGGGAUAACCAGUCCCCUCGCAACAACCAUGGAUUGGCACCUUAUCCUGGAAGGGUCGUGCAACCCGCUUACUACAAGGUCGUUGAGUGAGGCUGGGUAUAUCCAGUUGUACGGUCUUCCGAAGCUUUAUGAGAAUAUGGGAGGAGUAGCGGGUGACAAGUAAUGGGCAUUUUGUAGAAUUAAGAAAUCCUUCGAGAAUUGGUUGGCAUGUUUGAAUAGCAGAGUUAAGCGGAAUGUAUACUUUGAUUGCGG